AUGGUCAUUAUGGCCAAACAGGUGUGGGGUAUUGGUUAUGAAGACCGGGCAGUAUAUUUCCGUCAGGGUGUGACUGCCAGUGAGUUAAGUGGGAAGGCUUGGAAGGCUGUGUCUGUGCCUAGAGACAGUGACCGUUCCCAUUCCAGCACCAGUGCGAACAGUCUUCAGAGUGCUGGUUGUUUCUUUGGCGGUGAGGUGCAUCUGCAAUCCCAGGCUUCUGUGUUGAGUGAUGUGGAGUCUGAGACUGAAAGCGCUGUGGGAGAAGUUCUCCCCAUUCCUGAAAUGGGAGACACCCCUAAACCACGCAUCCCCAAAGUGACCAGUGACAGCUUCAUCUCUGAGCUGGUGACUGACCAUGAAGGCCUGAUCAGCCGCCGUGAGGUGCCUUCAACAGCAGCAGCUGGCUCAUCUAUUCCUGAGGAGGAGCAUGCUGAAGGCAAGGUAGAGGACAGGGCUUCCCCAGCCAGGGUCCUGUCUCCCAGCCAAUCAGGUGGGCUGGAACCUCAAUGGAGCAAUGUGGACCUGGAGGAGGCCCAGACUCACCUGGCUUCAGGAUCUGGGGGAGAAGCUGAUCCCUGCAGUCUGUCCUCUGUAGCCACAUACAAUUUGGCUCUGGAGGAGCCUUGUGGGGCUGAUGAGCAUCCAAAAUGGGCCUGGGUGAGCGAUGUAGGAUGUGCGGUCGACUGCCACUCACAACUUAACUGGUUCAACUCCUCUACAUCUACAGCCCUGAACUGCUCUAUGCAGGCUAUGUCUCUUUCUAUGACUCCAGCACAAACAGCAGCCUGGCGCAAACAGAUAUUUGAGCAGCUCUGUGAGCGGUCCAAAAGAGAAAUGGAGAAUUUCAUGCAUUAUGAGCAGGCCAUUGAACAGGUUCUGGCGUCAAAUCGUGUUAUUGAGUCCAACAGUCUUGGUGUGGUGUGGGGGAUUGGUAAUGACCACACCGCCUGGGUCCAUACAGGAGGCUAUGGAGGAGGAUUAAUUCAGGGGUUGGCAAGCAGCACAGAUAACAUAAACACACAGACCGAUGUGAAGAGUGUUUAUAUAUAUGAGAACCAGCGCUGGAACCCUGUCACUGGUUACACCAACAGAGGUCUCCCUACUGAUCGUUACAUGUGGAGCGAUGCUACAGGUCUGAAGGAGUGCACCAAAACCAACACAAAACCACCCUCACCAAACUGGACCUGGUUGACAGACUGGACUAUCGACUAUGCUGUGCCAGAAGAAACAGACAGAGAGGGCUGGCAGUAUGCAGCUGACUUUCCUGCGUCAUACCAUGGAAGUAAAAUGAUGGACUUUGUCCGGCGUAGGCGUUGGGCCAGAAAGUGUAAACUCACAACAACCGGCCCCUGGCAGGAAGUCCCGCCUAUACCUUUGAGUGAUGUAACAAUCCUACUUUGUGGGCCAAAGAGAACAGUAGAACAGGUGCCACUGUGGGCCAUCAGCAACAAGGGAGACAUCUUGUGCCGCCUGGGUGUCACCUCCCUGACCCCUGCGGGGUCGUCAUGGUUACACGUGGGAACCGACCAGCCUUUUAUGUCGAUUUCCAUAGGUGCUGUCCACCAGGUUUGGGCCAUCGCCAAGGAUGGUUCUGCAUUCUAUAUGGGCUCUGUGUCAGCCCAGAACCCGGCAGGAGAUUGCUGGUACCACAUCCCCUCUCCAACUGGACAGAAGCUCAAACGGGUUUCUGUGGGCAGGACAUCUGUUUACACAGUGGAUGAAAACGGUAACCUAUGGUACAGACAUGGUGUAACCCCCAGUUACCCUCAGGGUUAAUCAUGGGAGCACAUCUCCAAUCAUGUUCGCAAAGUAUCUGUGGGACCUCUGUACCAGGUGUGGAUCAUUGCAGAUAAUAUGCAGGGUAGUCACAUUUUGAGCUGUGGAACUGUUUGUCACCGGCUGGGGUUGUCUAUGGAACCUAAAGGCCACUCUUGGGACUAUGGCAUUGGGGGUGGAUGGGAUCACAUAACAGUGAGGGGGAAUGCCAUGGAGGCACCUCGCAUUCAAAUGCCAUCCAUAACGGACAACAGCAACAACCAAACAGCAGCACGCAAUCCACUGCAAACUAGUAACCAGCCAGAGAUGAAUGGAAUCCCAGUGGGCUGUUAG